UACGACCGCUGAACAGAUAAUUCUCUUUCCUUAAAAUGAGUAUUUAACAUCGAAGUGACUCGCUUUAGAGUCUUGUAUGCUUUCAAAUAUAUUUUACUCAAAACUACAUGAGUGUGAGAUCGGGCCACCGCAUUAGAUGUUCGGAAUCAAUGCAGGUAACCUCAGCGCUGCGCUAUCCAUCCUAAAGACAGCAUGACUGCAUCACUACACAGCCUGUAAUGACUAUGGAUAAGACAGAAGCGGCCUUGUUUUGCCUCAUAUGUGCCUGUCAUGGAGCUGUCAAACCCUGGAUGCUGGUGGACCAUCCCUGACAGCUUGAUUUCAGUGGACAUUUUCUGUAGACCUCAGGAUUGACCCAAAGCUUGAAAUGGCGGGCGUCUCAGACUACCAGCGGCAGUAUAAUGUGAAAGACGAGACAGAUGGAGGAGAGAUGCAGUCUGAUGAGGGUACGGAGUGGCUUGUGGAGCUGCUGACUGACGUGCAGCUCCAGCAGUACUUCCUGCGUAUCCGUGACGACCUCAAUGUAACACGCCUCUCACACUUCGACUACGUUAAAAAUGAGGACCUUGAAAAGAUCGGCAUGGGCUGUCCAGGUCAAAGGCGGCUGUGGGAGGCAGUGAAAAGGAGAAGGGCCAUGUGUAAACGCAAGUCAUGGAUGAGCAAGUCGUUGUGCUUGGGCCAGCAGGUGUUCACUGGGAAGCGGCCUGACUCAGAUUCGCAGACCCCAAUGGUGUUCCGCAGUUCCUCCCCCUCGUCAACUCAGCCAGACGGCCAGCCAGCAGAUCUCACUUGCCUUAUCAGCGACAGAGACCUCACCCUGUUCGAGAAACUGGGAGACGGCUCCUUUGGAGUGGUGAAACGUGGAGAAUGGCAGGCUCCCUCAGAAAGAGUGCUGAAUGUGGCCGUGAAGUGCCUGAAGACAGAUCUGCUGGAGCAGGGUGAAGGUCUGGAUGACUUCAUAAGGGAAGUAAAUGCCAUGCACUCCCUGGACCACCAGAAUCUCAUUCGUCUGUAUGGUGUGGUCCUCACACACCCCAUGAAGAUGGUGACAGAGCUUGCCCCAUUGGGUGCUCUGUUGGACCGCCUGAGGAAGCGGCAGGGCCAUAUAUUGAUAUCAGUGCUGUGCCAGUAUGCCGUUCAGAUCGCCUGUGGUAUGGUGUACCUCGAGUCUCGACGAUUCAUCCACAGGGACCUGGCGGCACGCAACAUCCUUUUAGCCUCCAAUGAUCUUAUCAAGAUCGGUGACUUCGGCCUUAUGAGGGCCCUGCCUAAGAAUGAUGAUCAUUACAUAAUGCAGGAGCACCACAAAGUCCCUUUCGCCUGGUGUGCUCCAGAAAGCUUGAAGACCCGUACCUUCUCUCAUGCCAGUGAUACUUGGAUGUUUGGAGUAACAUUGUGGGAAAUGUUCACUCAUGGGCAGGAACCAUGGGUUGGGCUCAAUGGUAGCCAGAUUCUCCAUAAGAUCGAUAGGGAGGGAGAGAGGCUUAUCAAACCAGAGGACUGUCCGCAGGACAUUUAUAAUGUCAUGCUGCAGUGCUGGUCACCCAAACCCGAGGACAGACCAACAUUUGUGUCCCUCAGGGACUUUCUAGUGGAGACAUUGCCCACGGACAUGAGGGCACUGCAGGACUUUGACGAGCCAGACAAACUUAAAAUUCAUGCCAACGACAUCAUCACCAUCAUCGAGGGCAGAGCAGAGAACUACUGGUGGAGGGGUCAGAACAGACAGACUCUGAAGGUGGGACAGUUCCCCAGGAAUGUGGUGACCUCUGUGGCUGGCUUGUCUGCUCACGACAUCAGCCGACCCCUCAAACACAGUUUUAUCCACACAGGCCACGGGGACACAGACCCACACCGUAGCUGGGGUGCCCCUGAUAAGAUCGAUGAUCUGUAUCUCGGCAAUCCCAUGGAUCCCCCGGAUGUUCUUGGGCUGGAAUCGAGUGCAGCCAAGCCUACUAAAUUACCAAACCGGGUGAAAAAACAACCUCCUCCUAGGCCUCCUAAGCCAGCAGUUCUUAUUAAGAAACCAUUCUACGACUCUGUGCUUGAUGAUGAUGAUGAUGAUGAUGAUCUGAUAGUCACAGGUGUGAAGAAGCUCUCUCUUAAGACCCCUAACUACCUGAGUUUGCGCCUCCGCCCUUGGGAAAGCACCAGCCCGAGCGACCACCUUAGUGAAGUCUCCCUCAUUGAUUUUGGAGAUGACAGUUUCAGCUCUCCCUCACCGUCCCCCAUUACAGAGACACCCAACCCCAGCAUGUCGAAACUGCCCUUGUCCUCUGCUGCAUCCCUCUUGGACAUGGUGCCACCGCAGAGCCCCAACCGUGCUCUGCCCAACCCCAUGCACCCCACACCAGUGCUGGAUUGGGACAUGCGGCCCCUGCCUCCACUCCCGGCGUACGACGAGGUGGCUGUUGAGUGUGUGGAGCAGGAGGACAUUGAGGUGAGCUCCAUAAAUGCAUCUGUGGUGCAGGAAGACACUGCAUUUAAACAAGCACAGACAUCAGAAGAACAAACCAAAACCAAUGGUAAGCACAGCAUGGAGGACAACCUCUUUUUACCAUCCAAACACACUGAGGUGAGCCAUUCGUUUUCACAAUCUGCAGACAUCUUCAAGGAACUACAGAGGGAAGUGAUGGUGAAGCUUCGGGUCCCUCCAGCGGGACGUUCUCUCCCCACUUCCCCCACUCCUUCAGCCCUUACCCCACACCGCCAGAUCAUCCUGCCCUCUUCUUAUGAGGACAAGCCUCAGAUACCCCCCAGAAUCCCCAUUCCGCCCAUGCGGCCCUCAAGGCGUGCAGGAAUAUACAGCAGCAGACUGUCGGUCUCCCUUGUAGACCAUGAAGAUGUGAGCCUGUGUCCACCUCAGAUACCCCCAAGGGAUCAUACGUUAUCUCAGCCCAGCUCCCGGGCCUUGAGCCCCAUGGUACCGCAGGGAGGCUCCCCUCAACAAAGAUCUAGUCUCUGCUGCGUCGGGUCAUUGGGCUCCUGCCUCUCGCCAUCAGCAUAUUCUUCUGCGGCAUCCAGCUUCUCCACCACCUCCUCCACAUCCACGUUCACCACCCCCAGUUUGACCAGUUGUUCUCAGUAUGGCUCUACUGAAGUGGGACAAACCCGAGCCAAGAGCCCCUGCAUCUUGCCUAUCAUGUGUGGUGGUGUGAAGGCCAGCAGUACUCAUUAUUACCUGCUACCAGAGAAACCAGCAUACCUAGACAGGUAUGACAGGUUCUUGAAGGACCAGGAAGGAAAUAAUGAGAAAAGAACUACAAAUAUGGCCACUGUGAGGCCCAUGGUUCAACAGCAAGUCAACAAGUCCAGUGUUUCCCCCGGGCACACCAGUAACAGUGGGAGCGGUCUAGCUGCGCCGAACAGCACCUCGCUGGCUGGGACAACUGCGCAAUCCAGUGCCUACAACCGAGCCACAAUACAACAAGUGCAGGAGGCCGUACAUGGAGUGACUGUAGAUGAGUGUCAAACAGCCCUUCAGACUCACAGUUGGAACGUUCAGGAGGCUGUAAAAUACCUGAAGGUGGAGCAGUUGUUCCGACUGGGUCUCAAGGCUCGGCCCGAAUGUGUUGAAGUUCUAGAGAGAUGUGGCUGGAAUCUGGAGCAGGCCAGUACUCAAAUGCUAGACUCCUAUGGUCCAUCUAGACAUAGGUUCUAACAGCAGGAGGAGAAAACAGAGCUGUUCUCCAUUCCACCGCAUCCAAUGAGAAUAAAUUCUUGACUGCAGCCCAGUGACUCUGGACCAGUCAUAGAUAGUUGCAGGUCAUUUGAAUUUUCAUUGCUUUACCGUUUAUAAUCAAUGUAAGACAAAUCAUGCAAAACUCACCUACUUGAAUUACAGUAGUGCAAUGUAAACACAGAUAAGAAAAGAACUGUUUUCUGAACAGAUUUUGUUUUACCUUUGUCCUACUUAUUAUUUAUUAUGUUUUUAAAGGUAUUAUUUAGAUAAAUGUCUGUUUUAUUGACUGCAUUUAAUAUAGAAUGACAUUACACUACAGCCUAGCUUGACUUUACAUUCAGUCUGUAAAAUGUUUCAGAAUAUUUUAUUCAGGGGCGUAGAAAUUAUCUGAAGUGUCGUGGGGGUACAAUAUAAAACUUGUCAGCUUUGCUCAUGAAUAUUCAUUAGGUGAUAUGAUGUGAUAUUAUGUUCUCCCAGUAUUCCUAAAUGCUUUGCAGAAAGGCAGACAUUGCUAACUAGGUACUUGUCAUAGUAGGAUACGCCAAAUGGUGCAUGCCAAUGUUUAAAACUUAGGAUUAGAGGUUUGUUCAAGUACAUUCAAAUACAUAACCCUUGUAAGGUAGGGGGAAGAUGGUCAAAAAAAAAAACUCUUAAUGUGGGGGGUACAUGCCCCUCAAAUGUUGUAAUGGUUGCUAUGCCCCUGAUUUUAGGUAGACUUUGCAGGGUAUACCGUACUGGUGCAAGAAAAUUGUAAAUUGAUGUAUUGUAAAAAUCCUAAUUCUCUAAUCAUCCUAUUAACUCUCAUUCAUGAAGUUGCAUGCAGCUCACAGACUUUGUUGUCGCUACUUUAAGCUUUUGCUAGAUUUUAAUUAUCCUUAGUGGUGUUGGUAUAAAUACAUUUUUAAUGUGCCAUCAUGACUGCAGCUGAUACACUUACACACUUACAGUAUUUAUUCUUUCGUUUAUUUCUUUGUUAGUUUUGUUGGUCUUCAUUCUCUUGUGUUUGACCACUAAAGACAUCAGUCACAUUAGGUACUUCCCUUCGUUUACACAGUUGCUGCUUAGGCUGCUAUUUUGAAUGAAUAACAUGCUUUUUACCUAAUAAGUGAACACUGGAUUCUACUCUGAACUCCAUUGCACACAUUGCGGUUUUGCUCAGGUUCAUAUCACAGAAAUGGCAGUUAGUCUCUGUGUAAAAAGUAGAUAGUUUGUUAAAAGUGUUUGCUACAUGAAUCGAACUGAAUUACAGAUUUUUGUGUGCUUUAGUCUUCUAUAAGGACAGUUUGCUACUCUUUGUCAAUUAUUGUUCUCUAAUAUACUGUACGUCAAUCAAUCAUACAGGGAUGUCUGGCUCAACACAUUGAAGCUUCUGCUCUGUGUUUGUGUGCUUUGUCAUUUUUACCUGCUUUUUUGUUCAGAUGCUCAGUAUUAUAGUUAGUUUUAUCUGCACUGGUUUUGUGUAUGAAUAUGCAAUUUUUUGUUGCAAUACAGUUUUUGAAAUAUAGCCUGUGUCAUUGCUCACAUCAUGUAGGUUGCAUACCACUUUUUCUGAAGUGGUUGGCUGAAUGCUGGGCCUAUUGCAAAAGCUUUAUAAAUGUGUCUUGUAAAAUUAUGUAUCUGUAUUUUUGUAAUUAAGUACAUCUUUAAAACUGGUGUGAUGGAGGUUUCAUUAUUUUAUAAUAUUUACUUUUCUCAGACUACAAAAGUUUGAUUCUUUAUUUAGCACAACUGGGAUGUCCCCGGGAGUUUAUUUUCAAGGACAUUUUUUACUUGUCUGAGGGCAUACUUUUCCUACCAUGUGUAAAUUUCAUAAUAAGAUAAAACGUCUUUAAUUUGUAUAAAACAGUUAAAUUUUAUCAGAUUAUGGAAUUAAAUGAUAUGUCAGAGCUAAUAUGGCUGUUACUUAUUAAAUCAACGUUAAAUACAAAAGUAUCUGUAAAGUAACACAACAUUCCCUGCUAGCUUGGAUACAUUAGCAGUCCAGAGGCAGAGCUGCACCAUGGAGCCCACUGAGCCUAGAAGUGAAGCUGCUUAAGAGGCUCGUUGAGCCCAAAGAAGGAGCUGCGUCGUGGGGCCCAUUGAGCCAGCUGUGAAGCUUCAUCACAAGGCCCACUACUCUUGUUGUAACAAAAUGUUUUAGAAUUAUUAGGAUUUUUAUUUAAUCAUGUUAGCUACACACAAAAAAAUAUAGAAUAAAUUAAUAUGACAGCUACAGGUCAGGUCACCCAUACUCAUAAAUGUAUGCCUGCAAUAUACUGAAAUAAAUAAAUAAAUGAUGCAGGAAAAUGUGUGUCAGUGUGAUACAAAAGAAUGAAUGAAGAUAUUUAUUUCAAAGUUAGUGCAUCAUGUCAUAUUCCCUGACUAUCAUAAUAAUAUUGCUAUGUCAUAUUACCUAUUCACUAUCAUUAAACUAAUGUAGCUUGUAAAAUAGCAUUUGUAAAAAAAACACUUUUAUGACACAUCUUCUUAUUAUCUAGAAUGAGAAUGAGGAAAAUGUGCCAUUUUACAACAAUAUAUGUGGUAAUAAAGACACAAUUGUGAGAAAGUAAUUUUUAAUAAAAGCUGUACGCAACAGUAUGAA